AUGAAGGAGAUCACGAAACGCUUGGGUGCUGUCGGUGCUACUCGCCUUCCAGGAUGGGGACCGCGGUAUCCUCACUGUGCCUGGUCGGAGACACUACAAGAUAUGGCUGCCAACCGAUGUCAAUGGCGUUCUUGUUGUCAGUUUCUGUCCAGAUUGCCUGAUCGUCUCCUUGUUGCUGGACAAAAGAUGCUUGACGCUGACUCAGUCUUCGAACGACUGUUACGUGAAGCGGCUAAUCUUGUCCCUAAAAUGAGCACACCAAAGCUCACAAAUGCUCUGAAGGUGACCUCCACUCUGCAACAAAAGAUUACCGAAACUGUGGCAUCAAGGCUACAGCAUGAGAAGGGCGAUAUUCAACUCUUGGAUCCAUGUAUCACCAACACCAGACACCAGCAGCUAUCCCUGGAAUCCCUGUUUCCUGAUGCCAUUGUUGUCACUACGGAUUCGCAUGGCACAUGCAGCAGUGCUCCAGCUGCUAUCUGUGAAUCCACCAAUACUGAGACGUGCGCAUCUACGCCCCUGAAGCGAAUAAGUGAACAUCUUCGGAACCUCCCCGCACUUCAUCAGCUGAAUCACGCAAAUAACAGCCCAAAAGAAAACAUGAAAAUUGUUCCUAGCACUGGUACAUCGUGUUUUUCUACAGAAGCCGCUGCUCCUUCCAUCCAAACUUUGACUAUUGUCACAAGCGGAACUGACACGAGCGUUCGCAACACCCUCUUAUUGCCCAUUAUGCAAGCCUCUCAUAGCAGUUCCGGCAUCUACCAGUCUCCAGUCACUACCUCUGCCUCCAAUUCAGAUCACAUGACCUAUAUUUGCACAUCCGCUGUCUCUGAUGAACCCCUCACCACCACCACACUCCUGAACACCAGCUGCAACGAAUUCGUCAGCUCAAUCGCUUCAGAGGACGCGUCUUCCACAACAGCUCCCGGUCCCCGCUGCAAUGGACAGAAAAGCAGCAACGAGAUCACUAUCCAUGACUCGGAUCGCAGUGAAGCAAUUACGAUCCCCGAUGACUCGAUGGAUAUGAAGCCUGAGCCAACCGAGUGUCUCACACAGGUUUCUGUCACAACCCUGGACUCGUCAGACCCCCUCUUGACAACUACCUCCUCCGAACUCUCUUCAGUUACCUUCCCUCCUCAACUGGCCUCCAUGGAAUCAUUUGUUACCCAAUCAGCGACUCCUGUAGCAACUAACACUGUGUCCAACCUCACUACAGUGGCUUCCACUCGUCCCGGACUGUGUGUCUCCACCGCACUUCUGGCUCUCGGACGCGGUAGUCCAUCAUCCACGGAAGUUGCCAGUUCGUCCUCUUCCACCAAACAGCAGGCGCACGGAAUCGGUCCCUACCGCUGUACAGAUUGUGACAAAGAAUUCCGAAUUCUACGCUAUCUAGAGAAACAUCGGCGCAUUCAUACCGGAGAGAAACCGUACCAGUGCUGCUAUUGUGGUCGUCAGUUCAACGAUUGGCCCAACAUGAAUAGACACAAAAGGAUACAUACUGGUGAACGCCCUUAUCGCUGUUCUGUCUGCGCUAAAACCUUCUCCCAACCUGCUGUCUAUAACGAACACGUGAAACGUCACACCGGUGAACGUCCUUAUAUUUGCAUGGUGUGCGCCAAAGGCUUUCCGAGGGCUGCUCGUUUGGCUGUUCAUAUGCGCGUUCAUACUGGCGAACGUCCCUAUCCCUGCACCGCCUGUGAUCGUCGGUUCAGUCAGCCACACCAUUUAGCCGCCCAUCUGUUGUUUAAAACUCUUCGACAGCCUACGGCCGGCUUCGCCCUUCAUGGGGCCUUUCAGGUUUUUCCUCUCAUUGGUUGCAAUUACUCAUUUCGAAUUUUUGGUAAUUUUCUUUCUUGCAGCCGGGUACACAGUGGUGAUCGUCCCUAUUCCUGUUCGAAAUGUGAGGUCAGUUUUGCUUGCAUCUCAAACCUUCGACGCCACCGGAAACAGGUACAUCCAAGCAGUCCGGUACCCACUGAAGAAGCAGAGGUCGGUGAUUCCGUGGUCAGUUUGGACGAGAAAAAGCCGUCCGUUCAGCGACUCCCAUCUCUAGUUCCUUCCAAUGAAGUGGCUAGUUCCAACUCAAAUCUCAACGUUGACUCAUCCCUGGUUGUCACUUCCACAGCACUUUCUGCAGAUGCCCCAGUUGCUUUGGCCGCAGUAUCUGGUUCGUUUCUCACAGCGACUGGGGCUCUUGUUCCCGCCAAUCUGCUACCUUCUUCGUCCUCCAUCCCUGGUCUUAUAUUUACCUCUGGUCCUCCUGGCACCCUUUUGGCCACGGCAGCUCAGUUUGCUGAUCAUCAAACGCAGCUGCAGCCUACUUUCAUCGCUCACACGUCUGCGCCGGAUUCCCUCCUGAAGUCCGUUUCCUCUUCAACGGUGUCUCUAAUGCUUCCCACUAUGUUGACCGGAGGCACGAACGCUGAAGGUCUUCGUCAGACGGCAGUCACAUUGCUCGCGCCCGGUGCGGACUUCGAUCGACAAUGUGCUGGCAUUACUGGCGCAACGCUAACAUCCGCCGGAACUGAAGGUGGCUGUGGCAGUCUAGUUAUCAAUCCGGCAAGCGGGGAGACAGUAUAUCUGGAACCGUUGGACCCCAGGAUGACAUUCGAACCGGGCCAACAAUUUACCAUAGCCACAAUCCCCACCUCCAGCCCUCAUGGGACGGCCACUAUUCUGGGUCAGUCCCCAGGAGGUACACAGCUGUUAGGUCAGCCCAUCCAACUCCAGCCUGGAACGCAUGCAACUCACAUUGCUUUUGCCACAAACCUCCCCACUGCUCAUUCAUCUCAACUGUUGCCUCCCAACUCAUCCAUGUUCCCGGCCAAUGCGGCACUUCCAGCCCUGUAUUCUCAAAACCAACCUACCACUGUUUUAUUCCCACCCCCUACCGCUGUUCCUCCAUCAUCCACUUCAACCACCAUGUCGUCUCAACAGCAACCGCAAAGGCAGCAGUCAUUGGUUCAGGUCUCUCCAGUUUCAUCAUCCAUUCACCCACAGUCCAUGCAUAUAUCGAACCCGAUCAACUGGUCCAGUGGCUUUGUUACCCUUGCAGCAACACAUCCUUCACCCACAGAUGUAUCUCCCACCGUGCAUGAUGAACAUGUGGACACCAGCGGCUUUGUUAGUUCACGUCCAUCAUCAGCAAUUUCGAACUCAUCCUCCUUGGGGACAGUGACGAUCCAAACGGUGACCGACACCAAUCUUUAG